UUUUUUAUUCCAUAAUAUUACAUAUUAGCAAGAAGUUGUUAUUAAAACACUUUUAAAUAUAAUUAUGAAUUAAAUUUGAACUGAAUUCUAUUAAAAUUCUCUAAAAAAUGAAUCACUUACUUAAAACCUCAAUAAAAGCUUUAAAUUUACGACUACCAAAUAAAGUGGUGAAAAUAAGUCAUGUGGAUACAAUGUUUAGGCGUAAUUUUGGUUGUGCGACGCAACAAUACAAAAUUCAGAGGCAAGAGACGAACAAAAGGCAGUUAAACAAAUUACCAUUACGAUAUAAUUCAACUGCGGUCGCUUCUGCCACUGCGGCUUCCAUUGAUCCUGGUUUCUUUGCCAGUUUUUAUCAGUCUCUAUCGACUAGCACACCAGUGGCUUACGUGCAACAGGGUCUAAUUGAAAUACACGAUUUCACCGGUUUACCCUGGUGGGCCUCCAUAAUUGCAACAACGUUUCUAUUUCGUUCGGUAGUAACAUUACCUUUAACCAUUUAUCAACAUAAAAUAACUGCCAGAAUAGAAAAAAUUUCCCUAGAAAUGCCGGCCAUAGUUGAGGAGUUGAAAAAAGAAGCUGCCAUGGCCAUGAGAAAAUUUAAAUGGACCGAAAAACAAACUAAAAUAGUUUACCAAAGAUCUAUUCGUAAACAAUGGAACAAAUUGGUGGUGAGAGAUAACUGUCAUCCUGCCAAAACAUUUAUUGUUUUAUGGGGUCAAAUACCCUUGUGGAUAUUUCAAUCUAUGGCGUUGCGUAAUAUGGUCAGUUUGAUGCCUGAUCCCACUUCACUGCAAGCUCAAAUAGUAGCUACAGAAUUGACUAUUGGAGGUUUUGGUUGGAUACCCAAUUUAACUGAAGUCGAUAAUUCGUAUAUAUUACCUGUUGCUUUAGGUCUUAUAAAUUUGGGAAUUAUAGAGAUGCAAUCCAUGAUGCGUACACGACCUGCAACACGUUUUCACAAUAUUAUAACAAAUGUAUUUCGUGGUCUUAGUCUUGUUAUGGUACCCGUUGCCUGCUCUGUACCCUCUGCCCUAACUGUCUAUUGGGUAGCUUCUAGUUCCUAUGGUUUAGUGCAAAAUCUUUUACUGGCUUCGCCACAAGUUAAACGAGCUUUCGGUAUACCCAAGACACAAAGUGAACUGGAAAAUCCAUAUGAACAUUUGUGGUCGAAAAUGAAACAACGUGUCGGUUUGGAAAAACUGCCAGUGGAGGAAGUCAAAGUGGUAGAGAAAUUAUCAGAAACUAAAUCGACUACGGGAAUAAAAAGGAAAUGAAACUGGUGGAGUUGCAAUAUAUGAGGUUACCUUUUUAUAAGUUUAGUGUUAGAACUCAACAAAAGUUUGUAAUGACUAAUAAAACGUUUUUAAAUUAUAA